AUGAAGAUUGUGAGCUGGAAUGCACGUGGAAUUGGGAGUGAUCGUGCAUUCCGGAAUCUCUCCCGUUUAGUGUCUACUAGUAGUCCUACUAUUUUGUUUAUUAUGGAAUCUCGGCUUGUAAAGAAUGCUAUUAAUUUUGUGAAAACCAAGCUCCAUUUUGAUUCGGGCUUAGAAAUGCUUAGGGUUGGUAGAAGCGGGGGCUUACUUUUGUUAUGGACUAAUGAUGUAAAAGUCACUCUAUGUUCUCAAUCUAUAAGUCAUUUUGAUUGUUAUGUGUUGUGUGCCAUUACUAAUGUCUCGUUUCACCUCACUUGCUUUUACGGCUCUCCCGUCGACUCUCUUAAACCUCACACUUGGCCAAUUCUGAAAAGGAUCGGCCGGGAUAAUCCCCGUGACCCUUGGCUUCUCAUUGGUGAUUUUAAUGCUUUCCUCUUCUCCCAUGACAAAAAAGGGGGUAAUCCUGACAGGGGCCCUUCUUCGAAUUUUAGACAGUUAUUGGACUCCUUUAAUCUUUCCCCGAUUGACCCCGUGGGACCCUCUCUCACCUGGAACAACAAUGUGGCCCACCCAAAAAAUAUCCAAGAGCGGUUGGACUGGGGGAUCAUCAACAGUCCUUGGGUAAAUCUUUUUCCUAAUGCCGCUCUUAACCACUUGGGUUUCUAUGGGUCUGACCACAGAGCCUUGAAAUUAGUCACAUCUACCAUUCCGGGAACUGGGUCAAGGAAUCAUAGUAAGCGAUUUCAUUUUGAGAAUGUGUGGCUCCAGGACCCGGACUGGGAUAGAAUUUUCGAUCAGUCUUGGACUAAACCCUCAACCGCGGAGGAAGCUAUCCCUAAUCUCAUCGCUACCCAAUCCUUGUGCGCUCAAAAGCUCAACAAUUGGAAUCACAAAAAAUUUCAAUUUCAAAAAGCAAAUCAGUAA